AAAAAAAAAAAAAAAAACUUAUGGGAAUUAAUCAUGUUCCCAAAACAAGCUUUUGAGUACGCAGACCAAACAUGGUUCUGGUGAAGAUAUUAUGUGAAAUUAAAAAAGAAAAUCGUUUGAGACAAUACUUAAUUUCUCAACGCCAGUGUUACACAUUUUCACUUUAAUAAUCAAUUUAAUGAUGGCUUUUUGUGCUCAUAAUAAACAAUUGUUGCAAUUUAUUAUAUAUACCUAACAGGUGCAUAUUUUAGGUACAAACUUGUUCUCAAAUUUCUUGUCAGUCAUGGUAACCUAUAGUAAAAAGCUUUGGCAAGAAAAAAUUUGAUGGAAACUCUUCUUUUUGCAAAAGUUAGCGAACAACCUUUAUCAGAUUUCACCAACCAAUCCUCUUUAGAAACGCUAACCUAGCUAAUUAGAGUUAAUCAUUAAUUAUUUUCAUCAUCAAUGUUAUAAAUUGCCUUGGUCCAUCUUGCAUUCUACCUUUUUUUUUUUUUUUUUUAAUUUCUUUCAUCAAUUCCCGUUUCUCAGCAUAUAUAACGACAUUCUCCCAUGCAGUGUGAUUGAUUUUCCUUAUCAAAUUCUGUCCAGUUCUCUUCGUCGUGGGAAUAUUCUCCUAAUUUGGUGACCAUGGGAAAAGAAGAAAAGAAGGAGGAGAAGAAAGAAGCUGAAAUUUUCACUGUUGUUUACAAAAUGAAUUUACAUUGUCCUCAAUGUGCUCAUGAUAUUAGGAGACCUCUCUCUAGAACUCCCGGUAGGUAUUCUUCCCGUUCUAUAAUAAUUAUCGUGUUUUAAAAAUUACUUUAACUAUUUAACUUAAUUUAUUAUUAUUUUUUUUUUUUCCAUGCAUGCCGAUCUUUCGGACGCUGCCAGGAGUACACAGUGUAGACGUGAAAUUUGAGAAAAAUGAAAUAACAGUGAAAGGAGCCAUUGAGGCAAAGAAGAUACAUGCACGGCUACAGAAAUGGAGCAAGAAGAAAGUUGAAAUAGUAUCAGAAACCAAGGUUGUGGAGAAAAAAGAAGAGAAAAAGGAUGCCAAAAAGGAAACCAUAAAGACGAUACAAAUGAAGGUUUACAUACACUGUGCGGAAUGUGAUCGCAAUUUAAAGCGGAGAUUAUUAAGACAUAAAGGCAUUCAUAAUGUGAAAACAGACAUCAAAGCCCAAACUGUAACCAUUGAAGGCGUGGUUGAGCAAGAGAAGAUUAUAACCUAUAUGCGAACAAGAAUCCGCAAAUUUGCAGAAGUCAUACCACCCAAAGAGAAGAAAGAAGAGAAAAAGGAAGACAAGAAAGAAAAAGUUGAAGUAAAAGUCACUGAAAAAAUAGUUGAAUUUAAAGAAGUAGAGAAAGUUGGUGUGAAAAAUAAGGAUGGAGAUAACCUAUAUUUUGUCCAUUAUGUAUAUGCACCCCAAUUGUUUAGUGAUGAAAAUCCUAAUGCUUGUUCCAUUAUGUAAUUCAAUUGCAUAUUUAGUGCACACAAAAUGUUGUUUGCUAUUACAAUAUCUUCUACUUUUUUCUUUUUCUGUGGUAUUGGAAAAAUGGAU